CGGUACGAAAUCCGAGGAACAAAUGGAUGAAGGUAAAGAGCAUCAAACAGACAGAAUCCAGCGACUUCUUGAAGAUUACCUUGUUUACCAGCUGACAGAUGAAGAAAACCAGCCGUUCCAGUAACCAGGAAUUUUAUUGUAGAGUUAUGUAAACCGAGCCCCGAACAGGACUUGUGCAGUAUCUUCCUCGGCCAGCAGGGGGCGACAACACAAAACAUCGUUCUUUGGAUGACAGACUCUGACAGCCGAAGAAGAGCGGAUGGAAGCAGGCAUGGCUGGAAACACGAGCAGCGCCGCGACUAAGAUGAGCAGCUCUCUGGCGAAGCUGCAGUCAUUAAACGGAAUGUUUGCUAUUUACAAGAAAAAAGGACCGACUUCCGCUGACGUGCUGAACGCGCUCAAAGAAGCUUUGCUCAAAGAAGCGGGAGUGGAGUCGUCCAACCCCCGCAAGAGAAGGAAGCAGUGGCUGAAGAUGGGCCAUGGAGGGACCCUGGACAGCGCCGCCAGCGGCGUGCUAGUGGUUGGUGUUGGGAACGGCACAAAAAUGCUCAGCUCCAUGCUGACAGGCUCAAAGAAGUACGUUGCUGUCGGCGAGCUCGGGAAGGCGACAGACACUCUGGAUGCCACCGGCAGCGUGGUUCUGGAGAAAGGCUUUGAUCACAUCACCAGGCUGGAACUGGAGGAAAAGCUGAAAUCUUUCACUGGGGACAUCAUGCAGGUCCCUCCACUCUUCUCGGCGCUGAAGAAAGACGGUCAGCGUCUGUCUGUCCUUCUGAAGCAAGGUCACAAGGUGGAGGCCAAGCCGGCGCGUCCCGUCACGGUGUACAGCCUCACCCUGCAGGAGUUCACGCCCCCCCUCUUCACUCUGGACAUCGAGUGUGGAGGGGGGUUCUACGUCAGGAGCUUGGUGGACGAGCUGGGCAAAGCUCUGGCGUCGUGCGCCCACGUGAAGGACCUGGUGAGGACCAAGCAGGGCCCGUUCACGCUGCAGGAGCACGUCCUGCACGAGCAGCAGUGGACUCUGGAGGACAUCCUGCAGGCGCUGCAGCCUGCUCAGACGCCGCUCGUCCAGAACCAGCAGAACCCAGCGCCAGAGGAGAAGCCGGGCCCUGAAUGAGGGAGGGAAGGCUCCAACCGGCUGGACCUCUGUGGAGGAAUCGGAUCAAGUCUGUUCAACCUCAACUGAGGGAGGCGGUUGGAGUUUGAGUUUUCAUUUCAGACACUUUCAGUGAAUUCAUUGUUUUAAGGUCUUUAUUUGGAACUGCUGAAUAAACCGACCCACAAUGCACCUGUAUUAAACUCAGGAUCCACUUUCUGAAGUUUCA